AAAUUGUCAUUUUUGACAUAUUACUUCCAAUUUAUUAAUACCUCCACGAUUGAUAAAAAAAAAAAUCGUGUUUCUUUUUUUCCAAAGACUUAUUUAUUGCAUUUUCUAACUUAAAAUUAACUCUAAAACCAGCAAUGUCCACUAAAACCAACACCAUAGAAAGAAAUGGCACAAUAAAAACAUCAUCAAUCAAAUCAAUUUGUUCGCGUGCCCUUACCGCGAAAUCUGAAUGGCCUGAUAAGGAUGAAUUCCUCGAUGUUGUCUAUUGGUCUAGACAAGUUUUUGGUAUAAUUCUUGGUGUAAUUUGGGGAAUAAUUCCACUUAAAGGAUUUUUGGGUCUUGUUUUAUUCGCUGGAAUCAGUUGUGCAAUUGUCUACUUAUAUUCCGUUAAUUUCCAAGCAAUUGACGAAGAAGCUUACGGCGGAGCUUGGGAACUAGUCAAAGAAGGUUUCAUGACCUCAUUUGCUGGCUUCCUCGUGACGUGGAUUAUAUUUUACACCGGUCUGCAUUACGAGAGUAUAAUAGCGGAAAAGGAUUUAUAAAAAAGGGCAAAAAAGCUAAGGAAUUUGUUGUGGGAACCAAGUUUUGGUUUGUUUUUCUGUGAAAAAUAAAUAA